CUUCGUUGUCAUCGUGCGAAUUCUUCCUUUGUGUGUUUCGGUUGUGACCCGUGAUGGCGCUAUAUAAAUACACCACCACUGCUAGGCCCUGUUUGCAUCGUGCGUUGCUUUGCAUAUUUCAUUGGUACUUUGGUAGACAUGGGCUCCCUCGCCGCCGCCGGCAAGCCGUCGCCGGCGCUCCGGUACCCUCCGGCUCGCCGCGACGAUGACAAUGUCGACGACUACCAUGGAGUUCUUGUGCCGGACCCCUACAGAUGGAUGGAGGAGCUGGAGUCGGAGGAGGUGAAGGAGUUCGUGGACGCGCAGGCGGCCGUGGCCGACGCGGUGCUCUCCACCUGCGACGGCCACCGCGGCCGCCUGCGCGGGCAGCUCACCGCGCUCUUCGACCACCCGCGCUUCCGCGCCCCGUUCAAGCGCGCCGGCAGCUACUUCUACCUCCACAACGCCGGCCUCCAGCCGCACAGCGCCCUCUACGUCCAGCACGGGCCGGGCGGCGAGCCGGACGUGCUGCUGGACCCCAACGCGUUCAGCGACGACGCCACGGUGUCGCUCGCCAUGUUCGGCGUCAGCCACGACGGCGAGCACCUGGCGUACGGCACCAGCGCGAGCGGCAGCGACUGGAUCACCAUCAGGGUGAUGCGCGUCCGCGACAGGCGGCGCCUGCACGACGAGAUAUCAUGGGUGAAAUUCUCGGACAUCGCGUGGACUCGCGACGGGAAGGGGUUCUUCUACUCUCGUUUUCCAGCUCCAAAGAAUGAUGGGGCGCCAUUGGAUUCUGGGAUCAAGACUAGUGUUAAUCUCAAUCACGAGGUCUAUUACCAUUUCCUUGGAACUAAUCAGUCGGAGGACGUGUUGUGCUGGGAAGACCCCGACCAUCCCAAGUACAUAUACACCACUGAAGUUUCAGAAGAUGGCAAGUAUGUGAUUCUGUCAGUCGCAGAAACCUCAGAGCCGGUAAACAAGUCGUACUACUGUGACCUGUCAGCUCUCCCUGACGGUCUGGAAGGCAUGAAGGGUGACCAUGGCAUGCUUCCUUUCGUUAAGCUUGUGGAUGAAUUUGAGGCAUACUACGCACUCAUCGCCAAUGACGAUACCCAGUUCACCUUUCUCACUAACAAGAAUGCUCCGAAGUAUAAGCUGUCAAGGGUUGAUGUCAACGAGCCACACUCUUGGAUAGAUGUUCUCCCUGAAGACGAGAAAGCGGUCCUAGAGUCAGCUUGCGCUGUCCAUGGUGACAAGCUUAUGGUGAACUACCUGUCAGACGUCAAGUAUGUCCUGCAGAUGAGGAGCUUGGUUACUGGGGAGUUGCUGCAUGACAUACCGAUUGACAUUGGCAGCGUCAAUGGGAUCUCUGGCAGACGUGACGAUUCAGAGGUGUUCAUCCACUUUGCUAGCUUCCUUACUCCCGGAAUCAUCUAUAGGUGUGAUGUCAGCAAGGAGACUCCUGAGAUGAACAUAUACAGAGAAAUCUCAGUUAGUGGCUUUGAUCGCACAGAUUUUGAAGCAAAGCAGGUGUUCUACACGAGCAUGGACGGAACCAAGAUCCCCAUGUUCAUCGUGUCGAAGAAAAACAUUGUUCUUGACGGAUCAAACCCGACUUUGCUGUACGGCUACGGCGGCUUCGGCAUGAACAUGACACCCCAUUUCAGCGUCACCCGCAUCGUCCUCAUGCGGAAUCUGGGAUUCGUGUCGUGCAUCGCCAACAUCAGAGGCGGCGGGGAGUACGGCGAGGUCUGGCACAGGGGCGGGUCGCUCGCGAACAAGCAGAACUGCUUCGAUGAUUUCAUCGCAGCCGGCGAGUUCCUCGUUUCUGCCGGCUACACGAACCCAAGCAGGCUCUGCAUCGAGGGUGCAAGCAACGGGGGCCUUCUUGUGGCUGCUUGCAUCAACCAGCGUCCUGACCUUUUUGGCUGUGCUCUGGCUCACGUCGGUGUCAUGGACAUGCUUCGAUUCCACAAGUUCACCAUAGGCCGUGCAUGGACCUGUGAUUUCGGCUGCUCGGAGAAGGAAGAGGAAUUCCACUGGCUCAUCAAGUACUCUCCCCUCCACAACGUGAGGCGGCCGUGGGAGAACGGCGGCUGCCGGAGCCAGCAGUACCCUUCCACCAUGCUGCUGACGGCGGACCACGACGACCGCGUGGUGCCGUCGCACACCCUCAAAUUCCUCGCGACGAUGCAACACGUCCUGUGCACGGGAGUCCAGGACAGCCCGCAGACGAACCCGAUCAUCGGGAGGAUCGACCGCAAGAGCGGGCAUGGAUGCGGCCGCUCCACGCAGAAAAUCAUCGACGAGGCCGUGGACAGGUACGCAUUCGCCGCAAAGAUGAUGGGGAUCUCUUGGAUCGACUGAACAAAACCUCCGACUCUGAACAGCCGGUUGCCUUAGCUUGGUCGUGAGGAAUUUAGAUAUUCAGAGAUAGGUUUGGCUAUGGUCGUCAAGGGCUUCUUCGCAACGCAGUACAUUUCCAAAAUUUCACAGGAAUCAAUUCCAAAAAUCCUCCGUUCUGAACAAAGCUCUAAAACUGCGGGUAUCUAUCUAUUGAUGUAUUUGUAACUGGUUAGGUUGCUAUAAUGAUUGGCAUGGUUGAUAUUCGAUAUGCACUCAUGCCAUCUACGUACUUCAUUACAACUAUUCUUAACUGAAACACGGCAGUAUGAGCUUUGCAUGGAUUCUAA